AUGGCGACUCUGCAAAAAUUCAAGCUAUUAGCGACACAAUGUGCGGUAGCGGGGAGUCCGACUCGAAGCCCAACAACUAGCCCAGUUAUUCACAUCCGUCGCCGGAAGACUCUUCGUAUGCUCCUCAGCCUCAACAGCGGCGGUGGUAGCGGCGGCGGAGGUGGAGGUAGAAGUGGUAGUUCGGUGUCGUCCGGAGACGAUGCUUCACCGGAUCGGAUUUCCGGCGAUGGAGAUUCGCCGGAUCAAGUAAAGGAAAUGGUAGGAAGCCACAAGCUUAAGGAUUUGUUCGUUUCAUCUCCUCCAUCGCCGGAUAAUUCGAGAGGGAGAUUUCCGCCGGAAAUUGAUUGUGCCGGCGGCGGUGGUAUUGGAUCGGCGGUUAGAGAAAUCGGAGUCCGAUCGAUGCGGCCGUUGUCGGCGACAUUCCGGCAACGGUUGCUUAAAAGGGUUUGGCGACCUAUGCUUGUGAGUAUACCGGAAUAAUUAAAAUUGGGAAUAUUGUAUUAGUGCUAAUAGAGG